UCCCACCGAUGGGUUCCUGCUUCUGGCCCUGCUGCUCUACGCACCCGUGGGGCUCUGCCUGCUCAUCCUGCGCCUCUUCAUCGGCGUACACGUCUUUCUGGUCAGCUGCGCCCUGCCUGACAGCGUGCUGCGACGGACUCUGUCCCCAGGACCCAUGAAGGUGCCUUCUCUGCCAAGACCAAAGCUGGCAAUUGCCUCUUGAGUGCUCAAGGACUGAUCUGAAACGCUUGGAUCAGCUGGGUAUCCUGCUAAGAAAUUCUGUGGUGGCUUGCUGCCCCGUGUUUCAUGCUGCAGCUACAGCUCUGCAGGCAGCCUUCAGCCCCAACUGCAGCCCUCCGUCAGUUCCUGUCCCAGACAUCUGUCAUAUCGUUUCCAUUUUGCACCAGUGUCCUUUGUCAAGUCACACAAACUCCCAGGUUUAUUGUACGCGUGAUGUGCUCGGUGCUGGGCUUAUUUGUGCGGCAAAGUGAUCCCCGGCUUCGUGAUGUCAAUGUGAGGGUGUAUAUCGCCAACCACGUGACACAAUUCGAUCACAACGUCAUCAACCUUCUGACCUCAUGUAAUACGCCUGCAUUGAAUGGUGCCCCUGGCUUCAUCUGCUGGUCACGGGGAUUCAUGGAGCUGGGAGUGACGGGAAGCCGAGCAGAGCUGGUGGAUUCCCUGAAGGUGUAUUCGUCCCACAGAGAAAACCCACCGCUGCUGCUGUUCCCGGAGGAGGCUGCCACCAACGGCCGGGCCGGCCUGCUCCGCUUCAGCUCUUGGCCGUUCUCAAUCUUGGAUGUGGUACAGCCAGUUGCCCUACAAGUUCAGAGGCCUUUGAUCACUGUGAGUGUGGCUGACUCCUCCUGGAUUACAGAGCUGGUCUGGACCUUCUUUGUUCCCUUCACAGUUUAUCAAGUAAGGUGGAUGCCGUCUGUCCCCAGACGAGCUGAAGAACUGAGUGAGGAUUUUGCGCUCCGAGUUCAGGAGCUCUUGGCCAUGGAGCUGGGUGUGGUAUCCACACGGCUCACCGCAGCAGAUAAAACUGAGCACAUGAAGAGGCUGAGACACACAUCGCUUCUCCCCUUUGCCCCAGCCUCAAGCCAGCCCCAGGCAGCCAGGCCCAGGAUGCCUUCCAGCCUGACCGGUGUUGCUCCCGAGGACGUGCGGAUCACGGCAAUGGCUCAGCGGGUCAAGGAGGUGUUGCCUCAUGUGCCUCUGGAGGUCAUCAGGAUAGACCUGGCGCAAACCAACUGUGUGGAUACCACCAUUGCCAACUUGCUGGAGGGGAGAGUACCCUUCUUCCCUGAAAGUAAGGAGGCUGGUACUGACCUGCCUGCCCCGUCUACCUCCCAGGCUGCAGCUGCUUCUGGCAUCCAGGGCUCCGUAGCUGUGCCUUCUUCCAAGCCAGCUACAAAGCAAUUUGCAAAGUCCCCUGUGGAGCGGCAUCUGUCCUUGCAGGAGCGGAAACGAGCGUUGUACGACUAUGCGAGGAGGAGGUUCGCCGAGAAGCACGGCGCGGCGCGGGCCGGCGGCAGCCCCUGAGCGGGCGGGGCGGGGCGGCCCCGGAACCUCCCGUGCCCUGCGCGGCCGGGCCGGGGCGCCCCCUGGCGGCGGAAAUAAACGGCG